AUGACACGUGGUAAUCAACGUGAACUAGCCCGUGAAAGAAAUUUGAAAAAGCAGCAACAGCAAAAGAAAUCACAGCCUCAUCAAGAUGGUGUAAAAUUAGAUAAUAGGAUGGAACGAGAUGCAGAUAUUAUGCGUAAGAAGCAAGAAGCAGCAGCAGCAAAAAAAGCAGCGGAAGAAGCAGCUGCACGUGCCGAGAAAAAUAAAAAAUUGCAAGUAUUCGAUCCGUUGAAAUGA